AUGGAUGACUACUUUAACCUGCCAGCUACGCCUGAUCCUUCAAAGCACAAGAUGAACAUAUCGAAUAUUCCAAAUGAAAUCCUUCAUCAGAUAGCCACUUUCCUAGACUAUGAUUCCGACAUUUUCGCUUUAUCACAAACCUGCAAAGAUCUCCAUUCUAUUGCGGAUCAUAUCUUGGCACCCCGAAAGCCAACAGACCCUCAGUCAAGCCAUUAUCUUGUGUUGUUGAAGCAUGUCCUGACGAAACGCGAUGUUGAUAAGUUGCACCGUCUUUUGACGUCAACUAUCAAGCUUCCACAAGAUGAAAACAUUGUUGGAUUUAUCUCGACCUUUGCCGUGAAACGCGGUUACUUGGAUAUUGUUAGGCUUGUUGUCGACAAUUACCCGUCUUGCCUGACACAAACUUAUCAGGGGAUGUCUCUCACCAAAAUCGCGGUGAGAUACCACCAUUCAAAAAUCAACAGGUUCUUAACUUCUCGAGGUUGUCUCGACCCACGACCCGAAAACAGGCACAUUUUUGAUGCCCUGGAUGAAGGAUCGCUAUCCAAGUUCCGACAUGCCAUUGAGGUCUUGAAUUGUCCUAUUGACUCCAAAACAGCCCUCACAAGUGACUUAGGGUACACUUUCGUCGCUGAGGUUCAUUUUGCUCCACGUACUCCAUUGUGGGUUGCUGCUUACAAGGGCCGAUUGGACAUCGUCAAGUACCUUCUAAACCUUGGUGCUGAUACAAGCAUCCGAUCUGAUCCCGUGCCGGCUCUCUUCGCAGCUGCAAUAGCUAAUAAACCCAAAGUUGUGAUCUUCUUGUUAGAAUCAAGCGCACAUCCAGAUCUACAGAAAAUCGGAUGUAAUGCGUGGAGAAUCUUAACAGGUUGCAAGAACAGAAUGACAGAGCUCCUGAUUGAAAAGCUUGAUAUUGAUGCUCUGACGCUUCAAACCUUCAAAUCAGUUGAUUCCACCGAUCCCAAACGUACCGAGGAUGUCAAAUGA